UUUGAAUAGCUCUAACUCCUGAGUAAACUUUUAACCUUGGACUAUCAGAUUACACUUAUAAUUAUUCACUCACAUUCAAACUUGCUAAAAUCACUAACUUUUUAUCCCAUACUAAUUCCACCUCAGAUACUGACUUUAUAAUUGUCUUGCCAAGCUUGAGUGGGGCCUAUGUCGGCACAGCCCCAUAAACCAUGAUAGCAACGAUCCCCCUCCCUCCCAAGAAAAAUAGAUAGAUAUACAUGAAUGAAGUAAUAAACCAACCCUAAUUUUUUUCCAUAAAAAGCAUAAGUAAACAAUAAACAAGAAUUUGAUUUCCCCAAAUCCAAUAUAUGGCCAUUGUUGUUCCACGUGUACCCUUUGACCUCGUCAUCACUUCUUCCCCAUUAGUACCACCUCAACUAUCAAGCAACAAUCAAUCUUCUCAAAAUUACCAAAACAGAAAUCCUUCUCUUAUUUCCUCAUCUCCUUAAAAUCAAACUUCACUCCAACUCCAUUAAGCAUUUUGCUUCCUAAACUUUCUUUCAACCUUUUCCUUCUCUCAUUUUCUCUAUCAAUUAAAUCAUGGUUUUAACUGAUGAGACUAACAACAUCAAAGGGUUGUUAUCUGGUUGGGGUCUUUCCCUCACGGGUAGACCCUGCGACACUUGCAACGCUGCGUCUGCUCUGCUUUAUUGCAGAACAGACGCAGCGUUUUUUUGUGGGCCUUGUGACGCCAAGAUCCAUACAGGAGUAGGCGUUGUUAACAGUCACGAGCGGGUUUGGGUAUGUGAAGUCUGCGAGCAGGCGCCUGCAGUUGUCACCUGUAAGGCUGAUGCUGCAGCGCUCUGCUCAUCGUGCGACCAUGAUAUCCAUUCUGCUAACCCGUUAGCCCGUCGCCAUGAACGCAUCCCUGUCACUCCCUUCCUUGACUCCCCCGUCGACGCCGUUAUCUCUCGCUCCACCGCCGCCUCCGCCGCCGCUUCUGCUUUCAUUGUACCUGACGAACUUGACACCGUUCCUGCUCCUACACUUCUUAACGAUGCUGUAGAUGAAGAUGCAGAUGCGUGGUUGAUUCCAAAUCCAAGCAGUAGUUUUCUGUAUAAUGAUUCUGAUAUUCUAAAUUUUAGCUAUGGAUGUCAGAAUUCUGUAAAGCCACAACAACAAGAAAUUAAACCAAUUGUUGAUGAUAAUCGGCCUUACGCAUUUACAGACAGUGUCGUUCCUACACAAUCGCAAGGAAAUAGCAAGAUUAACAAUACUUUCAUUAUUGGUACGGAUUCCUUGUUCGAAAAUUGUUUCAACAUCGAUUUCACUCAACCGAAUAAACUCAACAAGAAAAACACUAAUCCAUUCUCCUUAUUCAAUUACUCCGGCCAAAGUGUUUCAUCAUCUGACAUUGGAGUAGUACCAGAUACAAAUACAAAUUCAAUGUCGUCGGAGGUUUCAUAUUCAUUUGCAAAAUCAUCGGGUUGUGAUAAUGGAGCAUCAUCAAAUGGAGGUCCAGUAAUGGAUAGAGAAGCGAGGGUAUUGAGAUACAGAGAAAAGAGGAAGAAUAGGAAGUUCCAGAAAACCAUUCGGUACGCUUCGAGAAAAGCUUACGCCGAAGCGCGUCCUAGAAUUAAAGGACGUUUCGCUAAACGUACUGAAAGUAUCGAAACGUCUGAGCUUGAUUUCGCAGUUGAUACUGGCUACGGCGUCGUUCCGGCGUUUUAAUGUUUAUUGUUAAAGUGUAUUAGCUUUUUAUGUUUAAACUUUAAACUCCAUCAAUUUAAGUGUUAUUUUUUUAGUAAGAAAACAAAAUUUAUGGGGUUUUAAAUGUAAUAUCUCUGUAUUAAUCUCUUUUUAUUUUUUACAUUUCAUGAUUUAUGAAUUAGUUAUUUAGUUUUAGAAUCUUUGAAUUUUUUUUGUCAAAAAUUAACACAACCUUUAAAUUUUUUUAAAAAUGGGUUAAUUAUUAUAUA